GUUCAAGGCCAGGUUGGACAGAGCCUUGGGUGACAUGGUCUAAUGUGAGGCGUCCCUGCCCAUGGCGGGGGUUGGAACUGGGUGAUCUUAAGGUCCCUUCCAACCCAAACCAUUCUGUGAUUCCAGGUUUCUCUGCUGUGGAAAGAGGAAAAGAGUGCACCUUAUUUUUCCUUCUUGUUUUGCAGGUAAGGCCCUGCCACGCUCAGCAAUGGAGCUCUGGUGCCAGUGCAUAGGCACUCAUUCCAAGUUCAUCCAUCCCAAGUUCAUUCACAACGUGAACCUCAUCCCCAGCGGACCUCACUGCAAGAACGUCGAAGUCAUAGCUACCCUGACGGAUGGCCGGGAAGUCUGCCUGGAGCCCACCGCUCCCUGGGUGAAGCUCAUCGUCAAGGCAAUCCUAGACAAGGCAAACGCCAAACCUGAGACAGUGUCCUAAGACAAAGAAGACAAAACGUCCUAACUCACUCCUGCAGCAAGGCAAACAAGAGAUGGAGAUGCCCAUCCAGCUUCUGGCAGCUCACCUCCUCCUGCUGCCUGUAUUCACACUUCUGACAGCACCAAGAGCGUUUGGAUUCCCUGGAUUUAGAAUCACAAAAUCACAGAAUGGUUUGGGUUGGAAGGGACCUUCAAAGGUCGUCUAGUUCCAACCCCUCUGCAAUAAGCAGGGACCUCUUGAACUAGGUCAGGUUUCGCAGUUAGUUCACAACAGUACUUUAAGUAUAUUACAGAGGUCACAUUAUG